UGGGGUCACGUGACCGCAGCAUCACAACACAACAUGUCAGGCUGCUAAUGUAGCUCGUUAGCUAGCUAGGCUAGCUGGCCGAACGAUGCGGAUUACGACGAGUACAGCUCUCUAUUGUGCCAUAUGUUUGUUUAAUUGUGCAAAAAUGUGUAACGCCAACAUAUCGGAUGAGUAUUUGAUAUCUUUGUUGAAAACCCGAAGGAUAGAAGCUGAUUUGCAGUAGACGGAUAAGUCCCUGCCAUGGCAGCCGCUGUCGGAGUGCUGAGCGACCUGCCCUACUCGCCCAGUGGAGUCUGCUGCGGAGACAUGGACCCAGACAUGGACACGGCCAACACGAGGGUCCCCACGGCCAAGUACACCAAGAUGGGGGAGACCCUGCGCCACGUCAUCCCGGGCCACAUGCAGUGCUCCAUGGCGUGUGGGGGCAAGGCCUGCAAGUACGAGAACCCCUCGCGCUGGAGCGACGAGGAGCAGGCCGUCAAGGGCCUCUACUCAUCCUGGAUCACAGACAACUUGCUCGCUAUGGCAAGGCCUUCAACUGAAAUCAUCGAAAAAUAUAACGUAAUCGAGCAAUUCCAAAGGUGCGGCCUGAAGACGGUGAUCAACCUGCAGCGCCCCGGGGAGCACGCCAGCUGUGGCAACAGCCUGGCGCCCCAGAGCGGCUUCACCUACCGCCCGGAGGCCUUCAUGGAGGCUGGCAUUUACUUCUAUAACUUUGGGUGGAAGGACUACGGCGUGGCGUCCCUGACCACCAUCUUGGACAUGGUGAAGGUCAUGUCCUUCGCUAUACAGGAGGGCAAAAUGGCCGUCCACUGCCACGCUGGUCUGGGCAGGACAGGUGUGCUGCUGGCCUGCUACCUGGUCUUCACGGCCCGCAUGACGGCGGACCAGGCCAUCCUGUUCGUCCGCGCCAAGCGGCCCAACUCCAUCCAGACGCGCGGCCAGCUGCUCUGCGUGCGCGAGUUCGCCGCCUUCCUGGCGCCGCUGCGCAGCGUGUUCGCCUGCGCGGCGCCCACCGGCCACCGCGCCGUCACGCUGUCCCAGUACCUGACCCGCCAGCGCCACCUGCUGCACGGCUACGAGGCGCGCCAGAUGAAGAACGUGCCCAAGAUCGUGCGUCUGGCGUGCCGGCGGCUGCUCGACCUCGCGGCGGCGGACCGCCGCGCCGCGGCCGUGCCGCCGCCGCCGCCGCGCCCCGACCUGGCGGCGGAGGUGGAGAAGACGGUCUCCCAGCAGGCCUUGCAGCAGCUGGGGAAGGAGAUGAGGGGGAAGGGCAUCCCCAUGGCUCCGCCCCCGUCGCCGUGCCUCCUCCCCGGCCUCCCGCCCCCCCCGGUCCGGCCCCUGACCGGCGGCGGCGGCGGCGUCCAGGGGCCCACCUGGAACGUCCCCGCCGUCCCCCCGCUCCCGGGCAACCGGCGGCUGAGCUACAGCGACUCCGCCCUCUACCAGCCCGAGCCCCGCCCCCACCUGCAGCGCCCCCUGCUGCCCGUCGACGGGCUCAUCAAGCCCUUCCUGUCGCACACCGCCCUCGCGGCGGCGUGCGACCCGCGCCCCGCCCUCCGCUGCCCUCCCCCCCCCCGGGACCCGGACAGCGGCGGCAGCUUCGGCAGCGGCCCCCCGAGCUCCGCCUCCUCGCCCGCCCCCCCCCCGCCCCUCCCCCCCGCCGCACAGGAAGCAGAACUCCAGCGGCCCGGGGCGUCCCCCACACCCUCAUACCCGGGCGGGGGGGGGCAGAGUCCAGGGGUGUCAGAGGAGGGAGGGGGAGCGCAGGGCGGCACAUCGCCGCCGCCGCCGCACGCCUCCGCAGCAGAGAGGGCGCCGGAGGCGGCCGGCGUGGCCCCAGGAGGGGACUCGUCUGCGGGGAGAGGUGGCGGGCGAGGGGAUGCCGUCCUGGAGGUUCCCGGCCAGCCCCUGGUGGUCAGGCUGCAGUCGGACACGCCCAUGGACGCCAGGCGCCUCCUGGUGGCCCGGGCGCUGGCCAUGGACCUGAGGGGCCGGGAGCUGACCAGGAGGGUGUCGGCGUGGCAGGCGGACCUGAACGGGCAGGAGGGCGCGUGGGAUCGGCUGUGUGCGGAGCAGGACCCCGUGGUGCUGUCCGGCCUGAUGUGGUCCUGGCUGGAGCAGCUGAAGGAGCCCGUCAUCAGCGGGGCCGACGUGGCCCUGCUGAUGGGGGACGGCAGCUACAACCCCCAGAGGGCGCUGGACUCCCUGGAGAAGGGCCACCGGCUCACCCUGCUGUGUAUCCUGGACUGUGCGGCCGGCCUCCUCCCCAGCCCCACGGACCUGGAGGAGGCCUUCCUCGACCGGACCAUACGAGGCUUCACCAAGAUGGAUGGUGAGUUGGAGAGCAACCAGGCGUUGUACAAGACUUUAAAGGCCAUCCUGCGGCCUGUUCUGCACGAGAUGAGGCAGAGAGCGACGGAGAGCCGAGACUUCUCCUGACCGUCAGAAGAGAGACGCCAUUAACACACUUUUCCAUUUCUACCAUUUGGGCAUUAUUACAAGGCAAAAAUCAGCUGCUUGCUGCCGACGCUGCAGAAUUCCCCCUGACCUUAUUUAUUGAUAGUUUUUAAAUAUGUUUUCUUCUAACAUUUGUCCGCCAUUGUUUCGUGUUGCAGGGUAGACGUGGGUUUUGUUUGACUUUUAUUGUUUAUUUUCUACUAAACACUGCCAUCUUGUGUUCGAACGUGCCACUACACUUGCUUUUAUGAUGUCCUGGACAAGUGUCCUGUUCUGUUUAGUAGAAGGUGGAGGAAAUGGAGCACUUCUGAUGUUACUACUGGUUCAAAUGCACUGAAGGGACGAUUUCAAUGAAGGAAAUGUGUAUUUAAAUGUGCUUUCUGCCCAAAUAUCAAUAGGGUAAUUGGGAAGGGGACGUAGCUGAAUGUUGAACCACAAUAUCAUUUUUUUUUACACUGUGCAAAUGCCUCAUUGUGUGUUAUCGUCUUUGAGCGAUUUAUAUUGAGAACUCGUUAUCAUAGGUGACAAAAUGCAAGUUUGCAUUGUUUAAAGAUGGAUUAUGGAUUGUACCUGGGGCCACAUGCAAAACAUAUAAUUGUUGUAAUCGUGUUGAGAGUUGAAGAAUGUCACCUUUUGUAACCUAGUCCAAGCAAUUCAUUGGCACCACAAUAAUGUAACACACACACACACACACACACACACACACACACACACACACACACACACACACACACACACACACACACACACACACACACACACACACUUUCUGACUGCACUGGUGCAUUGCAUAGGAAGUGUGUACCUGCCUCCCAAUUUUGCUUUUUUGCAAAAUGCCUCUGUUUGAGUGACACCUGUCAUACCUUCAACUGUACUGUGCUGCUUUAGAUACCGUAGGCCUCCCGUGUGUUAGACGUCUGUUGAGGACACUGUAAACCACACCCUGACCUCAACCUUCCCUCUGGACACGAUGAAAUGUAGACUGGCGGACACCUUAACCGUAAGAAGCACCGACAAGCAUAUCUGCCAUACACGGCAGGAAUGUGCGACUUUGUAUGAAAUUCACUGUUUUACUGCAUUCUAACGUGGUGUCUAACGUGCCGAAAUAAAAAAGGCUAACCGUUA